UUCAAAGAUGCCAUGAAACUAGAUAACAAAACUUCAUGUCUAUAUAUUCGAUCAACUUUUGCAAAUCAGUCACUACUCACAUCUAGCUCCAAAUUCAUCAACCCUUUCUUCAUGGAUCUGCAACUCUCGUCCUUCCUGAUCCUUUCGAGCAUCAUUUUAUUUAUUUUAAUGGUGCUGAAGAUGGUUAUGAAACCUAAAUCACAUUCAAAUCUGCCUCCGGGGCCGUGGAAGCUACCUUUCAUUGGAAACUUACAUCAAUCAGUACUGAAGCUACCACAUCGAGCGCUACGAGACUUGGCCAAAAAGCAUGGACCAUUGAUGCACCUUCAUGUUGGGGAGGUACCAACAUUGGUUGUUUCUUCGGCAGAGUACGCAAAAGAGGUAAUGAAAACUCAGGACCUUAUUUUUGCUUCGAGGCCUCCUCUAAACGCUGUGAAAGUCAUUACUUAUGAUUACACUGACAUAGCCUUUGCACCCUAUGGUGAUUAUUGGAGGCAACUAAGGAAAAUUUGCACACUAGAGCUUUUGAGCUCGAAACGUGUCCAGUCAUUUAGGCUAAUAAGAGAGCAAAAUAUGUCGAAUUUCAUCGAAUGGAUUGAUUCAAACUCAGGCUCAUCGAUCAAUCUGACAGAAAAAUUGUACUCAACAACAUAUACCUUACUUUCAGAGAUGAUAUUUGGUAGGACAUAUGGUGGACAAGAAGAAUUCAUAUCAUAUGCUAUGAAAACCCUAAAGUUAGCAGGAGGAUUCAAUAUCUUGGAUAUGUUUCCUUCUAUGAAAUUGCUUCAUCAAAUUACUGGAGAAAACUCAAAACUUGAGAAGUUACAUGAACAAAGUGAAGAGAUUGUUGGAAACAUUAUCAACCAACACAUUAAGGAUUCGAAAACCAGAAAACUCGAUGCAGAGGAAGAUCUACUCGAUGUUCUCUUGAAAUUUCAUGAGGAGGGUGACUUUCCAUUAACCAUCAACAAUAUCAAAUCAGUAAUUAAGGACAUGUUUGGUGCUGGAAGUGAAACAUCAGCGACGGUCGUUGAUUGGGCUAUUGCAGAAAUGAUGAAAAAUCCAAGAGUAAUGAAGAAGGCACAAGCCGAGGUGAGACAGGUUUUCGAUAGUAGAGGAAUUGUCGAUGAAAAGGGCAUUCCUGAUCUAAACUAUUUGAAGUUAGUCAUCAAAGAAACUCUAAGAGUACACCCUCCAGCUCCCUUAUUGCUUCCAAGAGAAAACUUAGAGAGUGUUGUGAUUGAUGGAUACGAGAUACCUGUUAAGACCAAAGUGAUUGUUAAUGGAUGGGCUAUUGGAAGAGAUCCCAAGUAUUGGACUGACCCGGAAACCUUUUACCCAGAAAGAUUCUUGGAAAAUUCAGUCGAUUUCAAGGGGACUAAUUUUGAGUACAUACCAUUUGGUGCUGGAAGGAGAAUGAUAUGUCCUGGCAUGACGUUUGGUCUUGCUAAUGUUGAGCUUUCGCUCUCACAGUUGUUGUACUAUUUUGACUGGAAACUUCCCAAUGAAAUGAACCCUGAAGAUCUCACCAUGACCGAAGAGUUCGGUAUAACAAUUAGAAGAAGAGAUGAUCUCUACAUAAUCCCAAUUCCUUAUCACCCUUCACCUAGUCACUAAACCUUCAAAGCCAAUGUUUGACCUUAAUUUCUUUCAUGAGGAUUCAUAAGUAGUUUGUAUCAGUUCAUAUAUGGUUUGUUGUGUCAA